GCUAUAUGCGGACCAGAUAUUGAAGCGUAUGUUUUACUACAUAAAGGUGAUUCUGAAAAAAUUGUGUCUCCUUGAAAUUUGUUUACUAAGUCGUGGUGAUGAUUGAAUAUGUCAGUCGUCAUGAAAUGUUUAGUCCGUCCUUGUCUUGGAUCACUAAGUCAGGUGUUCACUUGGAGUACACUCCCGAAGACACGCUUAAAAGUGGAAUAUUUGUGGGUGAAGAGAAUGCUUCACCACUUGAAACUGUACCGAUGUUAGUUUCGGAGUUUUGCAGCAAUAACAGUGAAGUUAAGGUUCUUGGACCUCAAUCGAACUCGGAAGAUGACCACCCGACACCAUUUAAUAUACACUUCUCGAACAAAACAGGUGAUAAUGCUGAGGGUGUUAAAGGAGUACCCAACAUUACAAGUGGUUCUGAGGGAACGCUUUCAGUGGACUGUGAUGGUGAACCUUACAACACUGAUGCGAAGAAACCGACUAAAAAUCCCAUAUCUUCGAGAAAGCCGAUCAGUUUCCUGAAGCGACAUCAAGGCGUAUCUGCUUGGUGUAGUAGACUAAAAAAGCAGGGAUUACCAGUUACCGAUCCAGCAGCAGAGUUGCUCAAGCGUCAGUGUACGGAUUCAUCGCAAACUUCAAUUGUUCGGAAAUCUGCAUUGAAAAAACAGUCUGAGCUGUCAAAAUCAAACAUACAACAAACCAUCGUCAAUAAUGGUGUUUUAGUCCCACCUACUGUUGAAAAUUCAAAUAUAUCACAAUAUGAUCAACCAGUGACUAAGAUUAAAUCUAGACAUUCGAAUCAUACAACUACUAUUCCCACAUUAAAUAUGAAAGAAAAUAAAACGGAACAAUCGAAUAAAGAUGUUAACGAUGAACCACAUAGUAAUAAUUGUCUUGACGGAAACGAUGAUCACUGUCAGAAUCCAAUUCGAUCACUAGUCGAUUCGUCAAAUUUACAAACACUAUCAACUAAUCAUUUAUCCAUGGAAUCCAUUCAUUCUAAUUUGAAUGAUACAAAUAAAGAAGCCAUUGAUUUAAAAGAAUUUGAAUUACUUGAAGAAUUUGCUGAAACAUCAUCAUUCUCCAAUCUGAAUACAUCAUAUAUUUCGAAACUAUAUAAAACCAAUUCAAUCUUACAUAGAAAUGGUAAACAAACGAAAGAAAUGCUUCAAGCUGAUCUGUCACCAACCAUCUGUUGUAAUUAUAAAGAGUCAAUAAAAAUGGGGCAACCAAGUUCACAUGCUCAAAUCCAUUCGAGAAACUUGGUCAAAGAUGAUAUUUUAAUUGGAGAUAAAAUCCAUCGAAACGAUACAGUAAAUCAUCUCAUAAGUGAAUCACAUGAUGCUAAAAUAGCAAGUGAUUUCAAUUUGCCUAAUAAUAAUAGUGAGGACUGUAAUGUCGAAAGUAUAUUGGGUAUCCCAGGUUCACUAGAUAAUCAAUGUAAAGUAACGCGUUUUCAUAUAGUGAAAUCACCAUGUAAUCAAUCUCAAUCAUCAUCAGUAACAAAUAAUCAACAAUUGGAAUUGUCUAACGAACAUCAAUUGUCUUCGAUGAAACAAUUCAGUUCUUCAACUCCUGAUGAAUAUGAUUUCGAUGAUUCACAUUCAUGGAGUUUCAGUACUUCAGAUAUAAAUGAUGCAAAAUUGUUGACUGGAUAUAAUUUGUCCGAUGUAUCACUUACUAAUUGUGACGAUUUUAUAAAUCAACCGAAUGAAUCAACACUUGUUCGUUCCAUGUCAACAUUUACUUCAAAUAAAAUUAACUCUUCAUUACCUGGUCAAUCUGUCAAAGCUAUUCAAAGUAUCAAUUCUUCCUCGGAAAAAGUUGAUCGUGUUGUUUAUACCGAAAAAUCCUCUGAAACUGUUAAAUACAACCAGAAAUCUAUUUCUUCUCAUAGUAAUGAUGAGUCUAUCAAUGUCGUUAAUGGAUUGAAUGAUGAACAGUUAAUUGAUGAACAGAAUCCCAGUAAUCAGAAAAGUACAACUAACAAUGAUCAAAGUGUUUUAAAACAUUGGAUUAGUAGAUUGGAAGCAGAAGUUAAACGUUUCAAAGUAGAAAAUACUAAUUUAAAUAAACUGAAAAUAGAAGCUCAAGAUAGUUUACGUAAACUUGAAUUGGAAAAAAGUCGUUUUGACGAGAAUAAAAUUAAGGAACGAAAAGAAUUCGAAGAAUACAAAGAGAAUGAGAUUAGAAAAUUAAAAAAGGAAAGACGUGUUUUAGAAGAAUAUCAACGUGCUCUAAGAACUAUGCCGAACAAGAAAGAUCGUGAAGAAAUUGAACGUCUUAAACAAGAACUUGAAGAGUCUCGUGUUGAUAUGGGUAAACGUGAAGUUCGUUGGCAUGCUGCUCUAAGCCGAUUACGUACUCGAAUUGAUGAAUUUGAAACAGAACGUAAUGAACUUAAAGGACGUAUAAGUAGAUUAGAAGAAGAACGUAUAUCAUUACAAGCUAAAUUAGCUAAAUUACAAGUAACUUGUAAUAAUAAUGAAUCGAAUUCAAUAAAACAACGAUCAUCUUCAGCACUUCGUCAGACAGUGAAUUCAAUCUCACAAUCUAUUAGUCUAACUCCGCUUAAUAAUAAUAAUGAUGAUGAUGUAUCGAAGAUCACAAAUAAUACAUACUGUCAACGUUCAAGACAAUUAUCACGUACACGUUCUUCAUCAUCAUCAGCGUCAUCAAUCUCUCGACCUUCAACAAAAGUAAACAAACCUGGAAUAAUCAAUAAUCAUAAACAGAAUACUAUUUCUUCUUCGAAUAAAGUCUCUAGCAUGAUCCCUCAAUUGAAUAAUAAUCAUAAUAGUAAUAAAUUAUGUCACCAAGAGUCUAAUUCACCUGUUACUACUGGUACACGUGAAAGUAUUGCUAGUGGUGGAGGUUAUUUCACCGGAGAUGAUGACUCUGUCUCAAAUGGUGGAAGCAGUGAACGAGUAGUUCGUUUAUCUUCACGUCCAAACAAUUUCAUUAGCAACAAUAAUGGUGAUGAUCAUAGUAGUAACGUUGCUAUCAUUUCUAAUGAUAAUCGUAAGAAUACUAGUGAACAAGAGAAGGAGUCAAUGGGUUUUAUUGUUAAACAAAAUGUUAAUUCUUCAAAUGUGAUAAACGUUUUGGAUAAAAAUAGUACAGUAACAGAAACACAAUCAAAUCAUCACAACCAACACAUGAAAGAUUUUACCAACAAAGUAGAUAAUAAUCAACAAGAAAAGUUACCCAUUCCAGGAACAGCUGCUUCUGGCACCCUAAUCCGAAGUGUAAAGCACACAGAUGGUUCGAUUGAACAAACUUAUUCAAAUGGUGCUAUUGUUGUAUCUUAUGCUAAUGGUUCAGUGAAAGAAAUUUUUCCUGACACUGUAACUGUAGUUGUAUCUUUAUUCAAUGGUGAUAUUAAACGAACUUUACCAGAUGGUCGUGUAAUAUAUCAUUAUGCAGCUGAUGGAACAGUUCAGAUAACUUAUCCUAAUGGAACUGAAGAGAUUACAUAUUCUGAUGGACGUCAAGAGAUUAUCUAUUCUUCUCGACAAAUAAAUCCACACAAAGGUUUACUACUACCAACGACAAUAGUCAAUUCAUCAAAAUCCUUGACAAAUGAACAAAUUUAUCAACAAUUUAACAACAAUAAUAACAGUGUUAAAGAAAUUCUGUUGCCUAAUGGUCAACGUGAAAUUCAUUCUAGUUCAGGAAUUAAAUGUCGUGUAUAUCCAGAUGGUACCACGAAGACUAUAUUUCCCGAUGGUCGACAUGAAACUCGUUACAGUUCUGGACGUUUACGUGUUAAAGAUGCUAAUGGAAAUUUACUAUUGGAUACUAGAUUACCUAUAUUGAAUAACAUUACUACUAAUCGUAAUAAUGGUAUUUUAAAUGAUAGAUCUACGAAAAUUUCUAUUACUAAUCAAUCAAGUGGUGGUAAUUUAAUCAUGAAAUCUAAUUCCUAAAUAAAUCUACAAACUCUUAAAUAGGUAAAAACCAUGCAAAAAAUUAUCUUUGUUUCAAAAUGAGAAGUGUUUACCCUAAAAGAAAGCGGCUGUGAUUUGUCUUCUUUAUUUUGUUUUUUCCCUUCACAUUUAUAACCAAAACCGUAUUUUACUUCCGAAAAAGGAAGACAGUUUACAAGCUAUCCGAAUUUUCACCUGAUUUCGUCAAAUCCCUGAGGAAUCGUCCACACGUGUUUAUAUAUAUAAUUUCCCUUAACACUAACCUGUCUGUAUAUCGAUCUAUUGUUUAAAAUUGAGAACUACCAAUCACAAUCACUUAAUAUUAUUUGCAGCAUUUUUAUUGGUUAAUUGCACACUUUCAUGUGUGUGUGUUUUUCUAUCUCUUUUUUGGCUUUUCUGAUCCAAUCAUAAUUCAGUAAAUAGAUUCUAUUUAGGUUCACAUUUAUUCUUGUUGUAUAUAUACCAUUGAAGAAAUGGUGUAUUAAAACAAAAUAUCCAUUUGACUUUUUACUCAAGUGUUUCCCUUUUUUCAUCUGUGAAACUGUAGAGUUUUGAUUUGUUUUCCUUUUUUUAAUUUUACGUUUGAAUCUUUUUCUAACCGAUCAUCUUAUCUAGAUUGAUUAUACCUCGGUUACUACUAGGUGACCAUCUAUUAUUAUUAUUCAAAAAAUUAUAUUAAAAUGAAUUGUGAGAAUCAGUUGUUUAUCUCAUACACCAUUUAGGAAAAGAGAGUGAGAGUUAUUCCUGGUUAGUUUUCAUUUCAAAUUUCUUUAUUUUGUUUCUUACUGCACAAAUAAACUCGAUUGAUUAUCUUGUAAUAGUUAGUAUUCAUUGAAAUAACGAUUGUUUUAUUUGAUA